CAGCCGGAGGAGAGGGGGACGCAGACCCCCGCAGACCCCCACAGACCCCCACAGACCUCCACACACAGCCUUCACACGCGGCAGGAUUUACCUGAAGACGCACGUGUUUGUGCCAAACAGCUGGACGCUCAUUGAUCCUGGGAAGAAGCAUCAUUUGGACGAAGGCAGAAUGAAGGGAUUUACUCUCCUCUGCUCCGCUGCGCUGCUUCUCUCCGCUGCCUCUGCCACCAAGUUAAAUGUUCCGCGACUGAGACUGUCAUACAAAGACCUGCUGUCCACCAACAGGUCGUCCAUCUUCAGCGGUCAUCACGGCCAGCUGUCCCUCAGCGCCGUCUUUCUGGACGAGUACCGUGACCGACUCUUCCUGGGAGGGAAGGACAUCCUGUACUCUCUCCUGCUGGGACCCACCAGCAGCGAGUCCAAAGAGAUCUACUGGCCCCCGUUACCUGGAAACAGAGAGGACUGCAUUCAGACAGGGAAGGACCCACAGACCGAGUGUGCCAACUUUGUCCGGCUGCUGCAGCCCUACAACCGCACUCACCUGCUGGCCUGUGGAACCGGCGCCUUCCAGCCCAUGUGUGCCUUCAUCUCCGUGGGACACCGAGGGGAGCAUGUGUUCACCAUGGACCCCCUGAACGUGGAAAGUGGACGAGGGAAAGUUCCUCACGACCCCAGCUUCCCCUUCGCCAGCGCCUUCAGUGGAGGGGAGCUGUACACCGGGCUGACGGCCGACUUCCUGGGGAGAGACUCGGUGAUCUUCAGGAGCAUGGGAGGCCGCUCCACCAUGAGGACAGAGACGGACCAGAAGCUCCUUCAUGACCCCAAGUUCAUCGCAGCCCACCUCAUCCCAGACAACGACGACAGAGACAACGAUAAAGUGUAUUUCUUCUUCACUGAGAAGGCCACCGAGGCGGGGGACAGGGAGGGGUCCAUACACACCCGAGUGGGGCGAGUGUGUGCGAAUGACGUCGGGGGCCAGAGAGUGCUCGUCAAUAAGUGGAGCACAUUCAUCAAAGCCAGAUUGGUGUGUUCUGUGCCCGGGCCUCACGGCAUCGACACACACUUCAACCAGCUCGAGGACGUCUUCCUGCUGAGGACAAAGGAUGAGAGAAACCCAGACGUCUACGCAAUCUUCAGCACGAUCAGCAAUGUGUUCCAGGGCUUUGCGGUGUGUGUUUACCGCAUGGCUGACAUCCGGGAAGCCUUCAACGGACCCUUCGCUCAUAAAGAGGGUCCCGACUACCAGUGGGGGGCUUAUGAAGGCAGGGUGCCUUACCCCAGACCGGGCGUGUGCCCCAGUAAAAUCACCAACCAGCCCGGCAGAGAGUUUGGCAGCACCAAGGACUUCCCCGACUCGGUGCUGCAGUUCGCUCGCAGCCACCCGCUGAUGUGGCGGCCCGUGUUCCCGGCGCUGCGCCAGCCUGUUCUGGUGAAGGCCAACAUUCCUUACAAGCUCAAACAGAUCGUGGUGGACCGGGUGGAGGCGGAGGACGGGCAUUACGACGUCAUGUUUAUUGGCACAGACAGCGGCACGGUGCUGAAGGUCAUUGCCCUGCAGGGUGGAAACAGUCUGGAGAUGGAGGUCGUCACUCUGGAGGAGCUGCAAGUCUUCAAAGUUCCAACUCCAAUCACAUCCAUGGAGAUUUCUGUGAAGAGGCAAGCCGUGUUCGUGGGCUCCCCGGCGGGCGUGGCGCAGGUGAAGCUGCACCGCUGCGAGACGUACGGUAAAGCCUGCGCCGAGUGCUGCCUGGCCAGAGACCCGUACUGCGCCUGGGACGGCUCGUCCUGCUCCCGGUACACCCCCAACAGCAAGCGCCGCUUCCGCAGGCAGGACAUCAGACACGGGAACCCCGUGCUGCAGUGUGUGGACCAGAGCCCCGGCGACCUGGACGUGACGGAGGACAAGGUGGUGUACGGGACGGAGAACAACAGCACCUUCCUGGAGUGUGUCCCUCGCUCGCCGCAGGCUACAGUCACCUGGCUCGUCCAGCGGGACGAUCGCAAAGACGAGGUGAAACUGGACGAUCGAGUGAUGUCCACAGAUCAAGGUCUCCUCUUCCGGCGUCUCUUCCGCCACGACGAAGGCGUGUACAUCUGCCGCUCCAGAGAGCACGGCUUCACGCAGGUCCUGGGGAGAAUCACCCUGGAAGUCCUCCAGGGGGAGACGGUGGACGAGCUGAUGGCUCGGGACAACGCCGGCCUCUCCGACUCCUUCAAGGACCGCGCGGCGGCGGGCGGCUACCGGGCCUGGACGCCGUGCAGCGCGUACGGCCGGGGCGGCGCGCCGGGCCAGCUCGGACAGUCCCGCACCUGGUUCAAGGACAUCAUGCAGCUGAUCGGCCCGUCCAACCUGCCGCACGUGGAGGAGUACUGCGAGAGGAUGUGGUGCAACGACAAGCUGAGGAGGAAGCACAAGAGCAUGCUGGAGAAGUACCGCCAGGCGCAGGAGAGCGCCAGGAAGGCUCGCAGCAAGAACUCUGGCGAGCGCAACCGGACGCCGCGGGACCUGAGCGCAUGGGAGGAGUAACGGAGGAAACGUGGAGAGAGAGACAAAGAUUAGGCGACAGAACAGCAGCUGGCCGAACAGCUGGAACUAUCUAACUCAUGCUUUUUGGAAGAAAUCACUAGAUCAGACUGAGGUGUGUGUUUUGGCCGAUAAAAACGAUUUAAACACGAUUUAGACAUUUGACAGGCGCUUUGGAGGAAAACACGACUUGAAGUGGAAAACGUCAGCAUGCUGUCGAACGCUGUUUGGUUCUACAGCAGGUUCUUGACACGCCGUGUGGGAGAUUUCCCGUCUGGACGGAGUCACCGCUUCACGCUGUGCACGUUGUCAGGACCUUGACUGUCGCCCAGAAAAAAAGACAGACAUGCUCAUGGUCUGGAGACACGACACAACGAGGGGCUGCCAGAGUGAUCCCAACGGAUUCCCACUUUUAUGAUGAAGAGAAUGAGAGACGGCCUUUAAAUCCACUCGGAGGACGUUUGAGGAAACCAUCAGUCCUGACUCCUCUCUCGCUCUCACAUUCGUCACUGAAGUGAUGCCGGAAUGACCAACACUGCUUUUAUUUCAUCAGGUCAUUUUUCACUGAGAAAAGCUUAAAAACCUCUUGAACCUCAGACUGAAAUAACACACACACACACACACACACACACACACACACACACACACGGCUGCAGGCUGACUUUACUGACAGCAGACUGUUUCAUUUUUUACUUUUCAGCCUCGCUGACUCUGUUAUGGAUCAUUUGUGUUGGCUCUGAGCAAACUCCUAAUUGUUUUUUUUUUUUUUUGUGCAAAUCAACACACACUUCGUUUCUUGCAUGUAUUUCUCUCUGGAUUUGUUUCCCUCUCACUUCGACUGUAAUGAUCCAUAUCUCUCACUCUGUUACGAAGCGCUUUGGGUGACUUCAGCCUAUUACAGACUUAACAGCAUAUCUUUAGAGAAACAGAUGAAAGUUUUUACACGCUCACUGAACACGCGGAUGUUCUCGCCUCGCUUGCUUCCAGUCACUGAAAGCUCAGCCGCGCAUCGCACUGAACGCAUGAAGCUCAGCUCAGGCUGGAAGCUGCCGUAAGACGACCGUUGAUGGUUCAACAGAUUACAGACAGAUUGCUUUAUUUUCACUCCCUGUUGGCUGACCUGACCGUAAAACCUUGAGACAAAACCUUCUUCCCACAAAGCAGAAGCUUAAAGGGAGGUCUUCACCGUGGCCUGUCUUCCUGCUCCUGGUUACACGCUGUGAGUUACUCUCUGUUUAAUGUAGGAAAAGUUCAGCACAUAAUUUUACAUUCUUCUUAAAAUAACUAAUAUUCUUUUUAAAUUCAACUCAAUUGAAUAAAUGAGAAAUCAAAAGUUUCCUCUUUCGUGAGAAUAAGUGAUGAAGAUGUGAAAAAACUGGGUCGGAUAAUCUUCAUGAGGUGCAACACCUUCCUGCCGCUAAACUAACAAAAGCAGACCGGACCUUUUUCCAGGAUUGCUGUUAAAAUAGUAGUAGUGACAACUAGUAAGACUAAUCAAGCUAGAAGAACCAUUAUCGAUCUAAUCUUCACAUUUUCUUUGCUUGAAUCAGAAAUUAAAUUAGUGUUCAUAACAAAUCACACGGAAACACUUUCCUUAUCUUCAGCUGAUGUUUCUUGAUAGAGGCGAUCAGAGGAGACGUUACGUAACGCCGCCGCUCUGCUCUGACCUCGGCUCGCGCUGUAAUCUUCCACUGAAGCGUUUUUCCCACCGUUUCUCUGUGUUGAAGCUCGCCGCGGAUAAUAAGGGAACAAUAGAGAGGGUCAAGUGUACUGACCGGCUCCUCUUGUGCUUUUUGCUUUGUAAAUACUUCUUCUCACACGGUUCAUGAUUCCAACAGAGAACAUUAACAUUCUUAUUGUCUGCGGCCGUGUUGGUAAAAUAUGACUUUCAUGGUUAUCGGAUCU